GCUAAACAACUCGCUGUGGGACCAGCCUUGGUCAGGAGGAACUUCCGUCUGUGGGAUUCCGAAGCCGACAUACGGUCCGUAUCACGGUGAACUGGUCCGGAGCUCCUUCCGCUGACGAUACCAUGGGAUUGUGAUGUGCAACCGCAGGACGACAUUGCUCCGGCCAGCUGUGAAGUCGGUAGUACCCUUCUCUUCCGCUUCAUACAGGUUUCUCAGAAACCUCCAUGUCGACCUUGCAAGCUCAGAAGAAAGCCUUACGCAAGGCCAUGGCGACAAGAUUGCGUUCGCUUCCCGUAUCGGAUGUUCAGCAACAAUCAAGGAUGAUAGCUGACCGCGUGCUGGCUUCGCCACAUUUCGCACGAAGCCAGUGCGUGAGCUGUUAUCUCAGCAUGCCAUCCGGGGAGGUCGAUACAACCUCCCUGGUAUCUGCAAUCUUGCGAAGUGGGAAGACGCUCUUUGUUCCAAAAAUUGACACCGCUCGCGAUGGUGCGAUGGACUUCUUGCAGGUGUACGGCGAAGAAGACCUCCGCUCCUUCCCGAGUGGUACCUGGGGGAUUAAGGAACCCACUUACGAAUGGAACGGUGUGCAACGUCGUAGCGCUAUGGAUGACGGCACGGAGCUCGAUCUGAUCCUGCUACCAGGCGUCGCGUUCGAUCGAUCCAUGUUGCGACUGGGGCAUGGCAAAGGAUACUACGAUCGUUUCCUAUCGUCGCACACGGCUGCCAAAUCCGCAAAGGGCCAGCGGAAACCGCUGCUAGUGGCUCUGGCCUUACGAGAGCAAAUCCUUGAAGCAGGACAAGUUCCGACAGCACCGCAUGACUGGACGAUGGACGUAAUAGUAGGCCCGGACGGGCUCCUGGGUGAAUCCGCUGCCGGUGGUUCACAAUGAAAUGAAACUUCAGUUGCUUCGGAAUAC